GUGUCGCUGUACCUGGCCCUGAUCAUCUCAACUUUCUCGCUUCAUAUUACUUCUCCAAGAAUAUUUGAAUUCUAUGUAGUUAAGAAUGACUGCUGAAGAUACCGUGACACGAAAACCGAACGAAAACACAAUCUCUCCGUCCAAACCAGAAUUGAAACCUUUCCACUUCGAUCACUGUGCUGUACCUAUCGGUAAACAGACAUCGGGGGAACCUGAAGGUAAAAUGACAGAUGUAAACAACAUGCACACAAACGUUUCAAAAGAAAAGAAAAUGAAUGAUUGUAACAACUGUGCUAAUUCACCUGGGGCUUCACGAAGCAGGGAUCCGUCCUGUGGUUUAUACUAUGGUAUUAAGAGUUAUCUACAUCACUUCUACGGACCUCCGGAUAAAGAAGUCCUCAAGAGUGGUGAAUACGCACAGGGGGAUGACUUCCGGUUCUUGGCGGAGCCGCAGCGGAGGGGUUGCUGGGUCAGAGCGGGGCUGUGGAUUGGCAUCAACCUGGUGUGCCUGGGUGGUCUAGCACUGUUGGUAGGCUACAUGGUUCCUCCUCGUCAAGCAGUUGUAGGGCAAUUCCAGGAGUUCACGGUGUUGGACAGAUGGGCAGUCAACUUUAAUUAUCAUCUGAUGAUGUGCCAGUUGGCAGGACUGUUAACAUUAAGUUUCGGAGCAGUCGUCACUGUUUGUUCUCUAUUGGUCGCUAACUGCCAGUCCUCACCCCCGCCCCCCGCCUACCUAGUGAUGGGGGCCUACUUACCUACCCCCACAGGCAAACAGGGCUCUGCCCCCACCUGGGGUAUACACUGCAUUCCUCUCUCCGGAACCAUCAAAAGUGUACAGCCACAGUUUAUUGGGACUCAGUACUGAACACCUCUUCGUCCCAUUGGAAUCCUUUAACAUUUUCUAUUUGAAUUUGAGUAGUUUAUUAAAUAGAAAAUUUUGUAAAUUAGGCAGGGAAGCUGAAAUUAGAUGACUAUACCAAACUAAUACAGCAAUAAAAAAAUAUUUAGUUCAAUCAAUGGGCUAGGAAGCAAAAUUAUCAUAAUAUAAUACACACUCAACUUAACUAAUGUUUUGUACUAACUAGAAAAUACUUUUCAAAUGAUUACUCUGUACAAUUUUCUAAACACCAUAAGGGUAAUUGUGUUGUUGUUUUAUAUGCAUUUCUUUCAUAAAUAACCUACUAACAAUACUAAUAUACAAUUAAGCACUUUAAAGUUAAUUUUAAAUACUAAUUACUUAAAACAGAAAUUUAAAAAACAUUGUUUAAAUAAUUAAAAUCUUACAGUUAAACAAAUUUUGUAAUACUGCUGGUAAUAAGUGAGGCUGUUCUACUUACUUUGAUUAGUACCUUUCUACCAAUUAAGCCACAGCAUGAAUAACUUGAUGUUCUUAAAUGUAUUUAA